AUGUGUUUCUUUUUAUAUAAUACAGCUUCAGUUACAGAGGUAAUAUCGAAUGACAAUGUUGAUAUUGAAAAUCAGGUUGAAGCCAAAGACUUACCUCUUUUUGCCAUUGAUUCCUUGUUUAAUUCUGAAAGCGAAGAUGAGGAUGUCAUUGGAACAGUUAUUUUGGAUAUUUCUGACAGUGAAUCUGAAGAUGUUAGGGAACACUUUUCUCCGUUUGAUAUGCCAGCCGAUCCCAUCCAUGCUUUCAAUGCUUUGUUUGCUGUCUUAUUUAUAUCCAAAUAUGCUGUCAAUUCCACUAGUGCUGUCCUGUUGAAGUUCUUCAAUGAGGUAUUGGCGCAUUUUGGACAGUCUUUUCAUCUUCUUUCAGUAAAAACGAUCCGUGAGUAUCCCAACAAGGAUCUUCAUGUAAAGCUCCACAAUCAAACCAUUGUCUAUACCUUUUGCCGCCCUAAAUUCGAAGACAUCAUAAACCAUUGGAGAAACAGAUCACACGUUCCAGACAUGACAUUUGGGAUUUACGAUCGUGCAUAG